GGCGUUUCUUCUUCCCUGAAGGCCCGCGCCUUCCAAACCCUACAAUGGCACCCGAACAGCAGCAAAAAGAACCAAAAGGCUACGCCAAGUUGGCAAAUUUUAUGACAUGCCAGAAUCAUGUCAUUAUUAGGCAAUUUCGUGAACUAGCUACGAGGGACCUCUUAUACUUACAGGCCGAACUAUGCGAUUUACAAUACGAUUUUACACGGCAAUCUAAGGAAGAUGUCAACUCAAAUGAUGAGAGAAUACGGCGUUACGAUCGCGAAUGGGUCCAUCUUCGCCAUGCGGCUGGUGGCGACGGGAGGCAGUGGCAGCUUGCUCUGCAAAUCCGGGAAAAGCUACGAGAAUAUUACUCGGCAAUCCAGCAGUACCAGAACGUAGCUGCAUUACCACAGCCUACUAACCGCCAGCGCUCAGUUGUAUAUUCAUAUACACUCAGCGCUAGCUUAGGAGGGGACUGUGACUUCCUCGGUCGUGACCUUAGUGAUGUGGCUCCUUAUCCGUCAGUACUCUCUGGUCAAGACUCGGACAAGCUGUUAUUUCUAGGGAGCGGGCAAUCCAACGACGACUCCAUUGCGAGAUUUCUUGUAGGGCCAGCCUUGCAGGUUUUCGACCAUUAUUUGGGUCCAUUGAAGACGCCUCUAUCUGACAUAGAGAGCCAAACUCCAAGAACUCGAACAACACUACAUCAUUAUUCGGAUAAUACAAUCAGAUUUAUCGUACAGAUCUUCAGUUCUUUUAUGUCAACGGCUGUACCAAUGACUUCAAUCAUUAUUCUCUACUUGGUCCAAAGUAUAACCCUGAGACUUGGACUAGUGUGCUUCUUCAGUAUAAUCUUUUCAACAACCAUGAGCCUUGUCACUAAUGCGAGGAGGGUCAAAGUCUUUGCGGCAGCCGCUGCCUUUGCAAGCGUUCAAGUUGUGUUCGUUUCAACGUCACAGAACCCGUAGAACUUGGCUUGAACAAGGAGUAGUUCGCCUACCAUUCGAGGUUUCUUCUAUACUAGCUCUACCUAAAGUAUAUCGGUCCCUGGACUAAUGCAUGCGACGCACUACCAACCAAACACGCCUCUCAGGAGGCUUGGUCUCUGUCCUCCCCCCACAAUUCAUCUUUCCCUCUCCCACUCAAGUCAUCAACCAGUUGUUGAUGUUCUAUUCAUUGAAUGGUAUUUCAUACUCCUAGAAAGCCCCUCUUCUAUCCUCGACAGGAAACUGCUUACACCGUACUACUGAUUCGAUUACGCUCCAACUCUCUGCCCAUUCCUUCUGGCAUCACUUUCUGGACAAAUCCAUCUAUCUCAUCGGGUCGACCUUAGGAGUAAGAGCGCCGGGUUUCAACCACUCUCCGAUCCGCCCCAGGAAGCCGCGCGACCCCUCCUAAUCCUUCCGUCCCGCGUUCAAAACUUUCGCUCGGGAAUCCAUACGACGACAAGCAACACCCCCUGGAAGCCACACGUAAUAACAAGUUCCCAAUUACAGUACUCGUCGGGAGAAAGCUCAAUACUGCCAG